CGCCUGGGGCUGCCACUCGCGCCAGCUCUCUCCAGGAGCCGGGCGCUUUCGAGCUAUCCAGUGGGGCGCAGCAGCUGCAGCGGCCAUGGAGAGGAGAAGAGGCGGCGGCGGCGACAAGUGAGCUCCCAGCGCCCGGACCGAGCCAAGCUUCGUCUGGGGGGGCGCAGCCAGGGGCGUAGCUGUUGUCCCAGACCUUCAGGCACGCUGGCCGGAGCGCCGCGCCGAGGCAGAGGGAGCCAGACCCGCCGUCCUGCUCCUCGCCGGAAAAGCAGUUGUGGAAUCCAGAAGUAUGGAUCUUUGGCCGUUGCUGUUUACUUUGGCACUGGUGUCUGCAAACAAAUCUCUUUCCACAAGUGUGGAAAGACCGCAUAUCAUCAAGUGCAGAUCACCUGAAAUGGAAACAUUUUCUUGUUACUGGAACAACGGUGAUUUUCACAGUUUGACGGCCCCAGAAAACAUUCAACUGAUGUAUAAAAAAAGGCUAAGUGAAUGGAAAGAAUGUCCUGAUUAUAUAACUGCCGGUGAAAACAGCUGUUACUUCAACACAACGUACACCUCUAUUUGGGUUCCUUAUUGUAUCAAGCUAAUAAGUGGAAAUCAAACAUAUGAUGAAAAAAAUGUAAACGUUGAAGACAUAGUAAUCCCUGACCCUCCCAUUGGACUCAACUGGAGUAUACUAAACACAAGCCCAACAGGUGUCUACACAGAUAUUGAAGUCACUUGGGAGCCUCCACCUUCCGCAGAUGUUAAAAAAGGAUGGGUCACUCUGAAGUAUCAGCUGCAGUACAAAGACGUCAAUGGGACAAAAUGGAAUGAGCCGGAGACACCGGUCUUGGCAACAAAACUUCCUGUGUACGCUCUGAAGACUUGCCAUGACUAUGAGAUACGAAUCCGAGCAAAAGGACCGUCUGAUAUCUACGGAGAGUUCAGUGAAAUACUUUAUGUGUCUUUUGGUGCAAUGGGCCUGGUGCCAUGCGAUGAAGAAUUUCAGGUCCCUUGGUCUUUGGUGAUAGCCUUUGGAACCCUUGGUGUGAUGGUGAUGCUAUCGCUUAUCCUCUUUUCCAAACAGCAGAAGUUAAAGAUACUGAUCCUUCCUCCUGUUCCAGUCCCCAAAAUUAAAGGGAUUGAUCCAGACCUCUUAAAGAAAGGAAAACUUGAUGAAGUCAAUUCCAUCCUCGCCUGUCAUGGUAGUUACUUACCACCACUGUAUGGCAAUGACUCUUGGGUUGAAUUCAUUGAGCUGGAUAUAGAUGAUGCUGAAGAGAGAACUGGAGGGUCGGAUACUGACAGGCUUCUUGGUGACGACCACCUGAAGUCUCAUAGCUGUCUUGGAGUGAGGGACGAUGAUUCUGGGCGGGCCAGCUGCUGUGAGCCAGAUAUCCCAGAGACCGAUUUCAGCGCAAGUGAUACAUGCGAUGGUACCUCGGACAUUGGUCAGUCCAAAAAGGCAAACGAAAAAGAAGAGGAUCUCUUGUGCCUUGAUCAAAAAGACGGCAAGAAGGACAACUCGAAUACUCAGCCACCAUCUGAUAAUUCACCAGAAGACCAGCAACCAAAAACCCAGGUUUAUAACAGCACUGAGGUAACCAGCCCUCCUGUCCGAACCCAGCUAAGCAACCAGAGUUCAGUCGCAAACAUUGACUUUUACACGCAAGUCAGUGACAUUACGCCAGGAGGAAGUGUUGUACUUUCUCCAGGGCAAAAAAUGAAGAUGGGGAAACCCCUGAGUGAGGUUCAGAAAGAACCCACUGUGCAGUGCCAGCCAAAUUUUGCCAUGGACAGUGCCUAUUUCUGUGAGUUGGAUGUGAAAAAAUGUAUCACUGUGACGCCUCAAGAAGGGGCUGAGCCAGAAGCUCCAGAGCAGAGCUUUCCUGAGGGUGCUUACUUCGCCACAGAGAGCCUUACCACUAAUGCUGUGAACACCACCACAGCAGCAGUGGAAGAAGACGCCGAAAGUUCUGACAUGCCUGUGGCGGACUAUACCUCCAUUCACGUGGUACAAUCUCCACAGGGCCUUGUGCUCAAUGCUACAGCCCUCCCUGUGCCAGACAAAGAAUUCUUCUUAUCGUGUGGCUAUGUGAGCACAGACCAACUGAACAAAAUCCUGCCAUAGCUUUCAUGUGAAAAAUGGUGUGACACCCCCCUCCCAAAUGCCUCCAUGGGGUUCCAAUGCACAUGUGGAGCUUUUCGAAAAAAGGGGCUCCCUGAUUCAUUUCAUUGCCACGGAAUACUUUCCGUAAUUGCAAAGCGUUCCUUAAUACUGAAAUGAAUGGUCAUGUUUAUGGGGAGCUCCAUGUAUGUGUCGGAGCCCCUGCAUGCACACUGGAGCCUUUGAAUCGGGACAUAUAUAUAUCUCCGUAUAUUUAAGUGGCAUAGAGUUGACUUGGGCUUGUAUGCUUAAACCAAAACAAAUGUGCUCAAUAUUUUCAAAGGGAGAGGGAGGACGUAGCCCCUUCCUUUUUAUUCUGAGAUGUUGAAUCAGUCACAGUAUUGCUGCCGUAUUUUGUAAAUAUCGUCUUUUGAAAUGUUGCAGAGGCUGGUUUCAGUAGCAGUGACCGUCUUUUGUUAUUGUCGGUGUCGGUUUGGGGUCGUUCUCAAGAAACUGGAUGGCUUUGUUAUGUACCAUAAACCGUCUUUGUUCGAAAAGCUAAUAGCAGGUGGUUUUUGAAGUCUGAAUAUUCGAUGUGAAAUCGCAUCACACGCCAAGAUGUUUAUACUGGGAGCUGAAGAAAAUAUGUAGGAAAUCAAAAAUAGUUUCAAUAAAUACAUUUAUUUUGAUUUAUAUAAAUAUACCUAUUUUAAUACUUUAGACAAGCAGGCAUGGAUAUUUUAUAUGCACACUGCACACUGUAGUUUAAUUAUAAUGACCCAUCUCUAGAAUGUACAUGCUUGCAGUCAUUGCUGCAAUUUCGAGAAGAAUAUAAGGGAAAGAAGUAUUUUUUACAAAACGUUUUUAUACCUCCACAAAAUUUACAGAGCAUUCUCAGUGUCAAGUUGCUACAAUACUUUAUUGGAACCUAUUUGAUUCUUGAAAUACUAUCCGUGCUUCUGUGCUUUAGAGCAAAAUGCAGUAAGUACAAAACAGAGACUUUCUGUCACCAGGGUUUUUUUGCCCCAGCAACCAUCAUUACACAAUUUGUAUAGCAGCAAGAACUAAAAUGGAUUUGGACAUCUUCAGGACCACAACUACACUUUUAUGGAAAGUUUUGAAGCACACAAGAAGCAGCACGGGUGACUUAACAACAACUGUACUUCACAUCAGAUUCUGAGGUUCUUGACUCAGAAAACGACUCUGAGUUAAAGCCGAGUCAGGGCUCCAGAAUGUGUGUAAAGCUCACGCUCUGAAUCAAAGUGAAGUUAUGGAAAUCAGUAUAAUAUUGUUAACAAUGCACAUUUCUUUUUUUCUUUUCUUUCUGCGUAUUCUGCAUAUGUAGAGAGGCUUUUAAGUAGUGUGGCUUAAGUCUUAUUUACAUGGAUGUUUUCUCGAGGUACGCCUUAACAGUCUUCAGUCUCAAAUUUUGUUUACAUAGGUAAGGGUUAAAUAAUGUAAAUAACAUAAAUGAAUUCGAUUCAACCCAAAGGCCUGUUUCUGGCAUACAUGCCAUGCUUAGUUUCUUCAGUGGUCAUCUAGGCAAGUAUUAGGACCAGGGCCAGAGCCAGUUUGGUGUAGUGGUUAAGUGUGUGGACUCUAAUCUGGGAUAACCGGGUUUGAUUCC